AUGGCCCAGGUAGUUGAAUUACCUGGCGAAUCCAAUCCGCUGAACCCUCAAAACCUCCUCCAUGCGCUUGCACUCGCAGCCAGCUCGACACAGCAGCAGGUGCAAACAGGGACCAAGCAACUGCAACACUGGGAAAAGCAUGAGAGCUACUUCACUCUACUUCAGGAUGUAUUCCUAGAUCAAUCGUUGCCCAUCGAAGUUCGCUACCUAUCCAUAAUCCAGUUGAAGAAUGGCAUUGAUAAGUAUUGGCGGAAGACUGCGACAAAUGCCAUCAAAAAAGAAGAGAAAGAGAGGAUAAAGGUGAGGGCGGUACAAGCUGGGGUGGUCGAACCUGCACCUCUGCUUGCCCUUCACAAUGCUUUUAUGAUUGCCAAGAUCAUGCGCUACGAAUUUCCACAAGACUGGCCAGAUGGAAUCUCAGCAAUCAUUACCUAUCUUCGCUCUUCAACGCAGCCCGGCGCCAACCCGUUGCAAUUACCGCGGACACUCACAAUACUACUGCAAAUAAUCAAGGAAUUGUCAACAGCUCGGCUACAGAGAACGCGUGCGAACCUUCAAUCAGUGGCACCAGAGAUCUUCCACCUUUUGGUCAAUAUUUACGUGGAGAAGGUGAACAAAUGGACCGUGAUUCUAGAGCAGGGCGGCGUCGAUGAGGCGGCACUACUUGAUGAGGCAGAGCAAAGUCUUGUUUGUCUCAAGGUUCUUCGGCGUCUGAUCAUUGCGGGAUUCGAGCACCCCAAUCGGGAUAAAGAGGCUCAGGACUUCUGGCUCCUGACCCAUACCCAUUUCAGCCGGUUCUUUGCUUUUGUCAAUGGCUCCGUGCCUUUAUCGGAGCAAGUUCAGAGGUCGAUAGAGAAACAUCUGCUCAAGUUGUCGAAACUUCAUGUCGAGAUGGCAAAGGAACGGCCCGCAUCAUUCGCCUUGCUGCCGGACAGCAUUCCCCUUGUUCAAUCUUACUGGACCCUUGUUGUCAAACUCGGAGAAAAUUACAGCCAGCUGGGAGAGGAUGGUGACUCUGACGGCAAGACACUUAUGGAAAAGGUGGGGCUCAGAGCCCUUCUCUUGAUCAGGGCCUGUUCCAAAAUGGCGUUCAAUCCUGCUCAGACGUUCAAAUAUCAGACCCCGCAAGACAAAGAGGAGAAACAACGGUCUAUUGAACAAAUAAAGUCGGAUCUUUUCACCCAUGAAUUCGUUGUCAGUGUCAUGGAGCUCUUGGUUACUCAAUUUUUCCGCUUCCGGAAAGCUGACUUCCAAGAAUGGGAGGCUGAGCCGGAGGAGUGGGAAAGGAAGGAGGAGGAUAUUGCUGAAGCCUGGGAAUUCUCCAUCCGAUCGUGCUCUGAGAAGCUGUUCCUCGACCUAGUCAUCCACUUCAAAGACUUACUGAUCCCACGACUGUUGAAUGUCUUCUUUUCGUUUGCAAGUCCCGAGAAGCGUGACGUACUGCUAAAAGACUCAUUAUACUCUGCCAUCGGACUGGCUUCCGCAAGCUUAGAGCAGCAAUUGGACUUCAAUAGUUUUCUGGAGACAACGCUUGUCCAAGAAGUUCAAAUUCAGGACCAGGGUUACAAUGUCCUUAGGAGACGAAUUGCCAUCGUCCUUGGGCAAUGGGUACCAGUAAAGCCGGAUGAACUCAACAGGAAUGCCAUCUACCAGAUCUUCCAGCACCUUUUAAGCAAACAGGAUCCCUUGAACGACCUGGUUGUCCGCAUCACGGCUGGUAGACAGCUCAAGAACGUGUUGGAUCCAUUCGAAUUCUCCCCUGCCGGGUUCAUGCCCUAUGCUCAGUCCAUUCUCCAGGAUUUGAUGUCUCUAAUUCAGGAGGUCGAACUUCCUGAAACUAAGAUGGGACUUUUGGAAAGCGUUCGUGUCUUGGUAGUAAAAAUGGAGCAUCAUAUUGCGCCAUUCUCGGACCAGAUAUUAGCUCUACUGCCUCCAUUGUGGGAGCAAUCCGGCGAGGAGCAUCUCAUGAAACAGGCCAUUCUAACAUUGAUUUCGUCCCUUAUACAUUCUUUGAGGCAGGACUCGAUCAAGUAUCACUCUCUUGUCUUGCCCUUGAUCAGCAGUUCGGUAGAACCAGGCUCUGAGACCCUGGUAUAUCUCCUUGAUGAGGCCCUAGAGCUCUGGUCUGCUAUCCUCACCCAAACACCUGCACCGGCGUCUCCCGAGCUUCUUGCGCUCAUCCCUGCGUUGUAUCCUAUAUUCGAAGCCGCCACGGACAGUGUCCCACAGGCCCUCCAAAUCGCAGAGUCCUAUAUCUAUCUCGCCCCCCAGGAGGUUCUUAGUGACCGAAUCCGACUUCCCCUUCUCGUCUCAUUCGAGACCCUCCUACAAUCUACCACCCGGCAACGCAUUGGCGUUGUCCCUCGCCUCGUUGAGCUCAUGAUCCGCGGCGCUGAAGCGGUUGACGGAGGAAGCGAAAACACAUACAAUAUCAUCACGCGCUCCCUCAUUGACAGCUCAUUCCUGCAAUCUCUCCUGGAAGGUCUCCAUUCCGCCUAUGAAGCUAGUCAGACGACCGGCCCACGCCGGAAACCAACGUCGGUCUACGGUGUCGUGGAGACGGAUUACUAUUCUGUCCUGGCUCGUUUAGCCCUGGCAUAUCCUAAGAUCCUUGUCUCCGCCGUCUCCGCCGCCACACAGACCCCCGAAGAACAGGUUCUCUCCUGGCUUCUCACGGAAUGGUUCCUGCAUUACGACAAUAUUGGCAGCGUGACUCAGAAGAAACUGCAUGCGCUCGCUCUGACGCAACUUCUCGCAUUGAACGGCCCCGAUACUCAGCCACCCACCUACAUUCUCAACCACCUGCAAUCAUACAUGAACAUUUGGACGGAUAUCGUCACGGAACUUGCGGAAGGUACCGAGGGUGAUCCCAACGACCCCCGCAGCGGCGAUUAUCUCAUCUACUGGAACAACGCGCCGAACGCCAAGUACGAUGGGCCUGAGCCGCCAGAGAACGAACGCCGACGGCAUUGGGAAAGCUCAGAUGUGAUCCAUAAAAUCAACAUCCGGGACUUUGUGCGCCAGCGCUUGCAUUCUCUCAUCAUGGGGUGCGGUGGCGAGCAGCGGUUCCAGGAAGAGUGGCUCCUCAAUGUAGAUCGUGAAGUGGUGGCUGCAUUUGCGGCUUUGGGACUGUUUUAG